AUGAGCGCCCUCCAGCGUGUCGCCACGGAUGAGAUGCCCAUUGGCAUGGCUCUAGGCUCACCCAGCCAGGCGCCACAAUACCAGUCGUCCCCCCGUCCACACAAUUUCACAAACGGCCGGUUUCCGCCGCCAUCAUCAGCGUCACAUCCGUCCCUCGCAAUGGCUACGGCGUCGACUAGCAGCGCUGAGUCGCCCGUUCCCACCCCACCACCGGCGCAGCGUCAGAAGGGGAAAUGGAAGCUCUUUGGCGGACUGUUCAGGAAACCGCCGCCGCAGUCGCAACAGGCGUUCUAUAAGCUAGAGCCAGAAGCGACGCAAGAGACUGACCCGAAACCAGAUUGGUUGCACUUCCCCGAGCCGCCGGCGGCGAUGGAGAAGGAGCGCGGAUGGGGAAGGACGAAGAGGUGGCCGCAGACUGCGAAGCCGAAGUUGGCGCGCUCGGCGACGACACCAACGAGACGAAUGGAGAAGAGGGUGAGGGUUCCUGUUCAUACGCCGAUGCAAACUCAUGUGGAAGACGAGUGGGCAGCCAUGACGCCGAAACCGGAGAGGCCGUUGCUAGUGGUUGAAAUUCCGACGACGGAGAUGGAGAGGUAUAGCGUCAUGUUCUCGUCGCUUCUGGACAAGAAGAACGGCACACAGCCCUCGACGUCAGGUCUCCUGGCACGUCGACAGGCAACGCUCGAUAGGCUAAAGAGCGUCAACGAAACGAUCGCAGAGCUCGAACGCACCGAGCAGCGCCUCGACGCACCCACUCGUCCCCGCCAUGCCACCUCCCCGAACCCAGAGUUCUCCCCGCGCCACUCCCCGGGUCCCUCCCAAUCCCCACGCCACUCCCCCUCCUUCUCACUCUUCUUCAACGGCGCCACGCUGACCACUCACCCUUCACAACCAAACCUCUCACCCACCCUCACCCGACACCCCGCAUUUAACCCACCAAGCCCUACCAAACCAUCUCACCCCCACCGCCUAGCACCCAACCGACUCACCCGCUCCAACACCUCCCCAGAAGUCCUCACCCCACUGCAAGAAUCAUUCACUCCCCCGCGUCCACGGUCAAGGCGCCACGCCGCCGACUCAGAAACACACACCAUCGUCCUCGUCGGCACACCACCCUCUCACGCCCCUCCUCCACCGCCCUCCUCCUCCACCCUCCCCGCAAACCCUUACCCGCCACACCAAUCCGAAACCCCCACAACCCCCUGGACAGACCGCACCACCCUCCUCUCAACUCUCUCCACUGCCUCCCUCCCCACCACUCCCGCCGUCCACCUCAAUGCCCGUCCGCCGCCCCAAUUAGAGCCGGAAUGGGAAAUGGUCCCCCCUCCUGCCAGCCAGUCCGAAACUCGCGACCGCAGCCGUGAUCGGUACCCUAGAUGCUACGCCUCCCCGGGCUCGAACGCUGGUAGUAGGAGCUCGGGACGAGGGUCGGAGUCUGCGGGUACGCAGGGGAGUGUGUCCAGCGCGUCGAGUGCGGAGGCUGAAAGCCCUAUCAAGGCACCCGCUUUUGCCAUUGCCGCGCCUACGAGUAAACCUAUCAUGCCGAUGCCUACAUCGCACGGUGCGCCAUCACCACAGUCUCAGGCACAGGGGCAGGCACAUCCACAGCAUCAGCAGCAGCAUACCCCGCACCGUCCUGCACUUCACCCGCUAGCUACUACGUCCUCGAGCUCUGGUAACGUCCAACGCGUGGAACCGGUCCCACACGUAAAAGUGAAGGGCAGCGUGGCUGUCGCGCGGCAGAUGUCGAUUGCCAGACAGCGCGAACGCGUGGAAGCGGAGGAGGCGACGAGGGGUGGUGGCAUUGGCGUUGGUGUCGCGAGGCAGAUGUCGGUUAGUCGUGCGAGGAUCACGACUACGGUUGCGGCUGCGCCUACGGGGGGGUGGAGGGGGACGAGGGAGGGACAUGGAGAAGGUGGGGGAGGGAGAGGGAGAGGGAGAGGGAGAGGGAGGGGGAGAGGGAGAGGGAGAGGGAGAGGGAGAGGAUUAUUGGAGAUGCUGGGGAUGCUGGGGGGGAGGUGGAGAGGGUCGUGGGGGGGAAGAAGAUUGUGGUUAGGAAUAGGGCGAGGACGGCGCAGAGGGUUGUUGGGGGGGAGGAGAGGGGGAGGAAUAGCGAGUAUGGGGUGCUUGUUGGGUAGGGGGUGGGAUUGGGAUAUGGGAAUGGAAAUUGGGGAUUGGGGAUGGAUGGUGUUUGGAUUCGGAGUGGAUAUUAUUCAUAUACCAUACCCAAGUAAAUAUUUAUACCUAACAUUUGAAAAUUAA